CAAGAAAUGGUUUUUGUAUUUACUAUUGAUUGCUUAUAAUGUUUAUUUCGGUUUUGCAAUCCAUGAAACUUGGCAUAAGACAUUUAUCCAAAAUAAUCUGGAGUAUUAUAAUCGCCUGUUGUAUUAUAUUCGUGGUCAUUGAUGCACGUGAUGAGCCCAUACGUCUCGCAUCUGGUGGCGGACUCAUAGGCUUUAUUAUUAUAGGAUAUAAACAUCGGUCGCAUAUUGUAUGGAAUCAGGUGUUAUGGGGAGUAUUCCUACAGUUCCUGUUCGGGCUGUUUAUCCUUCGCUGGUCUUUCGGGAAACAAGUGUUUGAGUGCAUCGGCGAUAAA